CUGGAGUAGAGACUGCACUCUGAGAUUUGUUACAUUUUCCGUGAGCAUUACUGCUUCCUGUUCCUGUACGUUCUUCGGCUAGUGGAUGUGGUGUUUGCGUUAGGAGAAGGUAGCCAGACACCAAGAUGCAGAUAUUUGUGAAAACCCUCACGGGGAAGACGAUCACCUUAGAGGUCGAGGCUUCUGAUACAAUUGAAAAUGUGAAAGCUAAGAUUCAAGACAAGGAAGGUAUUCCUCCCGAUCAGCAGCGUUUGAUCUUUGCUGGAAAACAGCUUGAAGAUGGUCGAACUCUGUCUGACUACAAUAUUCAAAAGGAGUCUACACUUCACCUUGUGCUUCGCCUGAGGGGGGGAGCAAAGAAGCGCAAGAAGAAGAAUUACUCGACUCCUAAGAAGAUAAAGCAUAAGAAGAAGAAGGUCAAGCUUGCUGUACUGAAAUACUACAAGGUGGAUGAAAAUGGAAAGAUCCAUCGCCUGCGACGAGAGUGCCCUUCUGAACAGUGUGGUGCUGGGGUCUUCAUGGCCGCUAUGGCGGACAGGCAUUACUGUGGGAAGUGCGGUUACACCCUGGUAUUCAGCAAACCAGACGACAAGUGAAUUUAAAUUGUAUGUACUAUGUGCACCAAUAAAAUAAUUAACAGUUUAUAA